UGGUAGCCGCCACGAAUUUGAUUGGAGAGUCAGUUGUUGAACUCUUGUUGUGGAGAGUGGGUGUACGUUUAUAACAUAACAAGACGUCGUGUUUAUAUACGUAGAAUAAUAAAUUAAUUCAAAAUGCCCGUCGAAUUGGAGUACGAUUAUGCUGCAGCGACCGCCGCUUUGGACAAGUUCUCUCAAGCCGACAUCGAUGCUUUAAGAAAUUGGACCGUGAAUUUGGAUAAAUCUAAAUAUGUCCCUAAAGAUUUGAGCGAUAAACAGUUGGUUUUAUUUUACAACGGCUGUUACGGAGACAUGGAGAAGGCGAAAACGUGUAUAGAAAAGUAUUAUUCGUAUAGAAAAAGCGCGUCGGAAUUCUUCGACAAUCGUUAUGUCACUUCGGAUGAACUGAAACCCCUGACGGAAGCCCUCGAGUUCUCGGUGCUGCCAGGCAAGUCUGUCGCGGGCUACGACAUCAUCUUCCACAGGCUCCACGACACUGAACCAUCAAAGUAUAACUUCGAGCUUGGAUGCAGGCUGCUUUUUAUGACAAUUGAUUCCUAUUUGACAAAAUGUGGGCCACAAAAAGGUGUUAUCUUCUUGUACGACAUGCGAGGUGUGAAGUUGGGACAUUUAACACGUUGCGGAUUAUCCUACCUUCGCAAGUACUUUCAGUACACUCAAGAGGCAUUACCAAUUCGGAUGAAGGAAAUCCACGUAUUGAAUUCGGAGCCGAUAGUCGACAAACUGAUGUUGCUCAUCAAGCCGUUUAUGGAUAAGAAAUUAUUCGACAUUUUAAAAUUCCAUCAAAAGGACGAGAACUUAGAAGAUUUCUACACUAAUAUCAUCCCAAGGUCGUCGCUUCCUUCCGAUUUUGGAGGCACUCUCCCAGAUACCCAGACCCUCCAUAAGCAAUGCAUUGAAACAUUGAGAACCUUGGAACCUUAUUUCAAAGCUGAAGAGGCGCAGAGAUUCGCUGUGUUGCCCGGCAAGAAAGGAGACAAAGUGGAGGAUUCAUUUAAAAGUCUAGCCAUAGACUAAAGUUUGGUCAACACUAUCUUAUGUGUUAUUAGACAUAACAAUUUUGGGAUGAAAUAUUUUUAAAAUUUUUAUUACAAUUAUCAAUCACGAUUUGGUGUAGCGUGUAAGUUAUUUUGGGAAGGAAACUGUAGGAAAUUAAAUGUACAUAAAUAUUAAACACACGUAUAUAUGUAAAUGUAAAUUAAUGCCAUAAAAAGUCUACACCGCUCAAAGAAUAAACAUUAAUGAUUGUUUUGGAGGGAUUGUAAUUGUUUUUGUAAAAAAAGUAAGUAAUAUUGCACACUUCAAUUUUUUUGUAAUAAAAUAAAAUAUAUGUACUUACUAGUUUCGUAUAAGUACCUAGAUAGAAUUUUCGAAAAUAAUAUAUAGAUAUAGCCUAUGUCACUCGUUGAUAAGGUAGCAUUGUAAAGAUAAAAAAAAUAUUCAAAAUGGCUUUAGUCGUUUUUAAAUUUAUUCAUUACAAACUUCAAAUCUUUCCUAUUUAUGAUAUUAGUAUAAAUAUAAACUACUAUUAUAGUAGUUUAUAUUUAUACUGGUAAUUCUCAAUUUUUGUAGUUUCAAGGUAUAUUUAAUAAUUUUUUUUUGUUUUUUGUUUCUUAAAUAAUUAUUAGAGUAAUUUUACUAUACAUAUUUAUAAAAAAAUCUUCUAGGAAAAAUUUAUUUUCAAUUUUUAAUUACAACAAAAUAAGAAAUAAAUAUAAACAGCAAUUAUUUUGAAAUAAUGAGUACAGAGUCAUUUAGCUUUCCAGUUACGUCCAUAAUUCAUUUAAUAGCCGUUUGUAUAUAAUAUAACUACUGUAACAUAGCUGUUUCCUUCGCAUUUGUAAUUUAUAAACAUUAUUUUAUAUUUUCUUUUUUAAUUUGUACUAUUUUGUAUUGACAUAUUAAACUUAUAAGACUGUUUGCUUAAAUUACUAAUGUAGACUAUCGUGAUGAAUUGACAACUUUAUAACUAUUGAUCCUAGUUCUACUGAUCUGCUUUCAUUAAACAGAGGGACAAUGUAUUACAAUAUUUACUAAUAAGUAAAUUGUACAUAGAUUAUGGGUAAAAUGUCAAUGUUGCCUGUGUAAAAUACGUAUUAGUUAAAAUGUGCUCAGAAAUGUAGUUAAAUAAGAUAUUAAAUGCAUGUAUGACUUAAACAUGCUCAACAACAAACUCAAAAAAGGUUUACUGUGGCAACAUAUUUAUUAUAGAUAAUUUAACAAGGAGUCUAUCUGUCUAUGUUUUUAUCUCUGGUCUUAUUACUUCAACAAUUGGUGAAAUUUAAAUAUGUAAUUGUAACUUAUACUUUUCUACUUAACUUAUUUUCUUAGUAUAUUAUAAUUAAUUUAUAACUAUAAUAAUUUUUGUAAUUUGUCUUGUAAUUUUAUAUUGUUACCUUGUAAUUGUUACUUUUUGGCUGAUGGCUUUCGCCAAAGUCACAAUAAAUAAAAAAAAAAAAAUCUCUGGUCUCUUACUGGUAUAUAUUUGUAUAGUAAUUUUAUAUAAUUAUUAUGCGAGUGUGUGUUUACUAACAGUAAAGUGAGUUUUUAUAUUGUAUUAUAAAUUAUAAAGAUCUUUGUUGUACAUAAUGUACAUUGGACUCAUUGAAAGAUUUAAUAUGUAAUGACGAACUUAUCCCAUAGAGGGAUUUCUUACAGUCAACUUUUGAGAAGCUAAAUAUUUAUUUGUAAUAUUGAAAUAGAUUUUUAUAACAUAUAAAAAAAUGUAAUAUUCGUUUAUAUAAUUGUUAUUUUGGCUUUGAGUCAAAACUUGUAUUUUAUACGUGUAUUUUAAUUAAAAUUAUAUUUUUAUAGAAAG